ACAGGUAAAAACCCAACAAUAGUAAAUCUCACAAGAGUAAUCAAACCACAAAUCAUUGAAAAUAUGCAGUCUUCAUUCAUUGCAGUUCUCCUAAUCAUAUCAACACUUUAUUGGACAUCUGAGGGCUUGAGAUGUCGGGAAGCGUGUUUUCAAAGAUGCAUCAAAACACUUACGCGAUUAAUCGAAGACGAGUAUGAUUUCCAGAUCCACAAUGGAACAGAAUCAGAGGAAGUGGAUUACUGUCUAAAAAUGGUAGAAGCUUGCAUAGAGGACGCUUUUGAAGACUGUGAAGAAGAUCAUCACAUUAUGGCAGCUAUGAGCGUCACACUAUUCAAUCGUAUGAAUGAAGGAUGCAGUUCAGAUACAGACACCAAAAAUUAUUUUACUGAAAUUUUUCCAUGUCUGAGAAAGAAUACAGAAAUGCUUAAGGACUGUUCAACAGAGAAUCCUUUUCGGAGGCAUAAACUUGAAUAUCCUGUUCAUAAACUGGCUACAGUGUGCACGGAUAUGAAAUCCAUGAUGUGUAUUGCUGAAAAAAGUCGAGAAAUGUGCAGUUCAAAUAUGUCGCUGUUGGCCGGAGCCGUUGAGUACAGCCUGAAACAUUCUUAUUAUGGAAUGUGCAGCGGGUCCCUUAACUUCUUCCACAAUAACUGGAUUUUUGCAGUUUCCAUUUUUACCACUCUUCUGUUCAGUCAGAAAAUGAAGCAUUGGAAUUCUUUGUAAAACUAUAAUAUAUUAUUUUAAGAAGAA